AUGGCCACCACCGCACCACCCACCUAUGAAUCUGUCAUCAAAUCCUUGCUUGAAAAAGCAACAGAUGGUACCAACGUCGCAGCAGCCGUUCCUAACCUAUCAUCGGAGGAAAAGGCGGCCCUCAACAGCGGUGAUAUCCCACCCCCUUACACAGAUGAUGAAAAAAAGAAGAUCUACGACGAGGUCGCCAAGAUCCUCGCCAAGGAAGAAACUACCAUUGCCAUGCUAAAGGAGUCAGCCAAAAAGGCCGUUGAGGCCUGCAAGAAGAACGACGACAUCUUUGGAUCGCUGCUGACUCUCUUGCUUCGAGUUGACAAUGAUAACAAGAUUGUCGGCGACCCGUUUGCAACGCAGCUGAAGGCUUUGAGAGAAAAGUAUCGUGGUAUCAUUGAUGACAGUCGCAGGCUCGCGGCGCGGAUUGCCGUGUACGGAACCAACUUUGACGAAGUCGUUGUUGUUCUGUGCGCAGACAAGACAUUGUCGAUUGACCAGAGGAAGAAAGCAAUCGCAGAUGCCAUCAAUGAAGCCAAAGAGUUUGAGACACAGUCUCAGAAGAUCGUCGAUGACCUUGGUCAUGCUGAGGACGACUUCAAUAGGCUUGCUGUGAAAUUUGCCAACUGGGCUGAGAACCAGAGUGGCACACUCGACAGCCAGAUCACCAAACUCACUAAUGAGCUCGCCAAGCUUAGUGAGAAAUUGAAAAAUCUGCGCAACAUGCUCAUCGGAUUUGGCGCCACUGCUCUUGUUGGAGCGGCUGUUGCCUUUGGUGGUUGUUGGGCUGGGCCCUUUGCCCCAAUCUGCUGGAGCGAGAUCGAUGAUAAGCAGGCUGAGCUCAGCCGGCUGAACGGGAACAAGGAGACGAUCAAAAGAGCCCGGGCAGAGCUUGUCGCCGCUGCAGCUGUUGACGCCACAAAGUUCACCGCCAACAUGAAAUCCAUCACCUCGAUCUGGGUAGCGGCAAAGGCCGACGCCAUGGAGAUCGAAGAAUGGUUGAGAAAGGGCGCUAACCUGGCCUACAUGAAAAUCCAGCUGGAGCAUGGAAUGGCGCUGUACUCCAAGAUGUCCGAGUAUCUCAGCCUCUACGCCUCUGGGCUGGACACCGCAGAUAUUCCAAAACCCGCUUCCAUUUAG